UUAGGUCGUGAAGAUCUAUCACCAUCUAGUAGUUUAAAUGGUUAUGGUAAUGACGGUUGCGACGCUAAAAAAAGUAAAAAAGGUCCAACACCAAGAAUGCAAGAGGAAUUAUGUUUAGUUUGUGGUGACCGGGCAUCCGGUUAUCAUUAUAAUGCUUUAACGUGUGAAGGAUGUAAGGGAUUUUUCCGACGUAGUGUUACCAAAAAUGCUGUUUAUUGUUGUAAAUUUGGUCAUGCUUGUGAAAUGGAUAUGUAUAUGAGAAGAAAAUGCCAAGAGUGCCGACUGAAAAAAUGUUUAGCUGUGGGUAUGAGACCUGAAUGUGUUGUGCCCGAAAAUCAAUGUGCUAUGAAAAGGAAAGAAAAGAAAGCACAAAAAGAAAAGGAUAAAGGUGGCGGAGGUGGUGGAGGUGGUGGCGGUGGCGGUGGUGGUGGUACUGGUAGUAAUAUCAGUAAUUGUGGAGGUAAUGGAGCACAAAUUGUAUCAGCUGUUAGUACAACAAAUACUCGUAGAAAUGAAAUAUUAGAGUUAAUGAAAUGUGAUCCGCCACAUCCUGGAUGUAUGCAAUUACUGCCAGAAAAAUUACUCGCAGAGAACCGUGCCCGUAAUAUACCCCCAUUAACAGCAAAUCAAUUAUUUGUCAUAUAUAAGUUAAUUUGGUAUCAAGAUGGUUAUGAACAACCAUCUGAAGAGGAUCUCAAAAGAAUAAUGAUUAGUUCACCUGACGAAAAUGAAAGUCAGCAUGAUAUAAGCUUUAGACACAUCACGGAAAUUACAAUUCUCACAGUACAACUGAUUGUGGAAUUUGCUAAAGGAUUACCAGCUUUUACCAAAAUACCACAAGAGGACCAAAUUACCUUAUUGAAAGCAUGUUCAAGUGAAGUAAUGAUGUUACGUAUGGCACGCCGAUAUGAUGCUGCAUCAGAUUCAAUAUAUUUCGCUAAUAAUCGUUCAUAUACACGUGAUUCAUAUAAAAUGGCCGGUAUGGCUGAUAAUAUUGAAGAUUUAUUGCAUUUUUGUCGUCGUAUGUACUCAAUGACUGUUGAUAAUGUUGAGUAUGCCCUCCUCACUGCCAUUGUGAUUUUUUCUGACCGACCUGGUCUUGAAGAAGCUGAACUAGUCGAAGCUAUACAAAGUUACUAUAUUGAUACGUUACGUGUAUACAUAUUAAAUAGGCAUGGCGGUGAUCCAAAAUGUUUAGUAUUUUUUGCAAAAUUAUUAUCAAUAUUAACUGAAUUAAGAACAUUAGGCAAUCAAAAUGCUGAAAUGUGUUUCUCAUUAAAAUUAAAGAAUCGUAAAUUACCAAGAUUUUUAGAAGAAAUAUGGGAUGUUCAUGCAAUACCACCAUCAGUGCAAUCGCAUUUACAAGCAACACAAGAACAACAACAUCAACAACAGAUGGCUGCAGCAGCGUCAGCUGCAGCACAAAAUGGUGGUGUUAUUGGUAAUACAGGUCUUAUCGGUGGUAAUAAUAUAGGCAGUGGUAAUAAUGGUGGUGGAAGUAGUAGUAGUAACAAUAGCAAUAGUGGUAUGAUUAGUGAUGAUGGAGAAAAUAGUAGUAGCCGAGGUGCUACAAAUAUGGGAGGUAAUUUUGGGAGCGGCACAACAGCAACAACAACAACAACAAAUUUAACUGCCGCAUAGCAAUAGUUUUAAAGAAUAUAAAUUAAAUAUUAAAAAUUAUAUAUUAAAAAAAAAAAUAUUAAUUAUUAUUAUAAAAUAUUAUAUUAAAAUUAAUAAGAGAUAAAACAAUGAAAAUGAAAAAAAAA